AGUAUCUUGGAAAAGAUGUCACGAUACUCGAUGUCAUUUAGUCGGGCAAUUUUAACAGAAUCGUUCCGUCGCUCGAAAGCGGUUUAUCCAAAUGAAAAAUGCGUGAAUUCACACGUGUCAGCGUGUUGCUCUCGAAAGACUGGUUGGACGACUAUUCAAAUCAGCUCGUGCGCGAUUUUUGAACAUGUUUCUAACGCGUUAUCGGAUAUCGUGAAAGAAGCUUUCAGUCGAGGACGGUGGUUAACACCGGUGACGAGAUUGUGGACAAAUGCGGAGCAUAGGUUGGAGCAGCUGAAGAAGGCGACGGACAGAAUACAGAAGGAGAUCGAAGAGGUCACGGAGAGGGAGCACGAGCUGAGAAACGUGGGUAGCAUUAAAACCACGUCCCACGAGACGGUGGAUUCCAAGGUGCGUCGCAUGCCACAAGCUUUGGCCUCGGGAAAAUUGAAGAGGACAACGUCCACGCCACAAAUUCUGGAAGCAGUCAACCUUACACCGUCUACGCCUACCUUAACGCCAAAGAUGACGAAUGGAGUCAUAUCCAGUCGCACCACUCCGACACCUUUGCGUUUUGCAACGGCACCUAGUCAGAAAGGGCUGAUGCACAGGUUUCUGGCGACUAGGGGGAAAAUAUACAAACCAAAAUCUGCAGGUAACGACGCGCUAACACCACCCAUGGCACCCAGUAUCACGCUCAAUCCGCUGAGCAUCAAGGCUUUCAAUAGAAGUCUAGAAAUUCAACUCGAACCAGACGAUGAGCCCAAGAAGCCUCCCGUUAGAAAGGGAUACGUCCCUGUGGAAGAAAAAAUUCAAAAGGAAUUACAUGAGAUGAAAGAGCGAGAAAACGAGCUUAGAUUAAUGCGGUCUCAAAUGUUGGCCAAGUCUCAACCAAAUCUUUUGGACAUUGGAAAUGAUAAUGAUUCCGACAUCUAUGAUGGUUCAAGUUCGUUAAGAAGCGGUACCUCGACAAAUACUUUAAAUGAGGAUGAAAUAGAAAAAGAAGCUAAAGGAAAACAUAAGCCAAAUCCACGACGUAGGAGCACUCUCAUCGCACAGUGGGAAAAUUUGAUAGCUGCAAAAAAGGAGUCUAAUGACAAUAACAACGAGAGCGAUCUAAAUUUUUAAAAAAUUUCACCACCUUG